UGUGGCUAUUUUUCUCCUACUUGUUCUCAAGAAGGCUUCAGAGUACAAGAUUUCCACUACAAAUUAACAGAAGAAACAUGGAGGGUUCUGCCACUAUAAGAGAUGAAAUUGAAGGAACAGUCAAGGUCAAUUCUGAUAGGCUUCGUGAGCUCCAAGCAUUUGAUGAAACUAAAGCUGGUGUUAAAGGCCUUAUUGAUGAAGGGAUAACAAAGAUCCCAAGCUUAUUUCAUCAUCCACCAGAUAAGUUUGUGAAGGCCUCAAACUCAGACAAAACAGAACAUGUUAUUCCUGUUAUAGACCUUGCAAACGUUGGAAAAGAUCCAAGUGAACGCGAAGAAGUUAUCAGCAAAAUAAGGGAAGCAUGUGAGACUUGGGGUUUCUUUCAAGUGGCUAAUCAUGGCAUCCAUGUGAGUCUUCUAGAGGAAAUGAAAGAAGGGGUGCGUAGAUUUUAUGAACAAGAUGCUGAGGUAAAAAAGGAGCUAUAUUCUCGUGACCAGAAGAGGCCAGUGGUGUAUAAUAGCAAUUAUGAUCUGUAUAGUUCACCAGCACUCAAUUGGAGAGACACUUUUGUGUGUGACCUUGCUCCUAAUCCUCCCAAACCAGAAGACUUGCCUGUAGCAUGCAGGGAUAUACUUCUAGAAUAUGGAACCAAUGUGAUGAGACUAGGAAUUGUACUCUUUGAGUUACUAUCAGAAGCUCUUGGCCUACAUCCAAACCAUUUAAAAGACAUGAGUUGUACUGAGGGGCUUUUUUCACUUUGCCACUACUACCCUGCAUGCCCUGAACCAGAUUUAACUAUGGGAACUACAAAACAUUCUGAUGGUUCUUUUCUGACAGUGCUCCUCCAGGACCAUAUUGGUGGUCUCCAGGUUCUUUACCAGGACAAGUGGGUUGAUAUACCUCCAGUACCUGGGGCUCUUGUUGUUAACAUUGGUGACCUUUUGCAGCUUAUAACAAAUGACAGAUUCAAGAGUGUGGAACACCGAGUACUGGCGAAUCGCAUUGGUCCAAGAAUAUCUGUUGCAAUGUUUUUCAGGUCUGGCCUUCAAUCAUCAACCAAGCUCUAUGGACCCAUAAAAGAAUUAUCAUCAGAAAACAAUCCCCCCAAAUACAGAGAAACCACAUUUGAUGAUUAUAUGGCCUACUUCGAUGCAAAAGGCCUUGAUGGGAUCUCUAAACUUCUACAUUUCAGGCUUUGAGUUGGAUAGUGAAGAUUGAAGUGGUUUAUUUAGCAGGACAAAUGAAUAAACUAAGUUGCAAACAAUAAUGUUCAAUCAAAUUCCAUAUAUAUGACUGUGGCUUGGACUCAAAAUUUGGUAUUUUGAUUAUGUUGUGCAGCUGAGAUACUACUAAGUAACUCCUAUUUACAUGGUUUGAUUUUGGUUUUAAAUCAUCAUGAGUGAAACUAGAAUCUUUGCUUC